UCCUCCCCAUAUCUUCUUAGUCCUCUCCGCGCUAGAGCUGCCAGACCUGCUGGGUCGAGCUUCGAGCGGAGGAUGCGACGGGGCUGGAAGAUGGCUCUGUCCGGGGGGCUGCGGUUCUGCCGCCGCAUGCUGGCUUGGGUGCCCGUGCUGGUUAUCGUGCUCGUCGUGCUUUGGUCCUAUUACGCCUAUGUCUUCGAGAUGUGCGUGGUGACUGUGGCCAACACAGUAGAAAAAGUCAUCUACCUCGCAGUGUACCAUGCCCUCUUUGUUUUCUUCAUCUGGACCUAUUGGAAAUCUAUCUUCACUCUGCCACAUCAGCCACACCAGAAGUUCUUCAUGUCCUACGGAGACAAGGAACGCUAUGAGAAUGAAGAACGGCCUGAAGUUCAGAAGCAGAUGCUCCUUGACAUAGCCAAGAAGUUGCCGGUGUACACCAGGACUGGGAAUGGAGCUGUCCGAUUCUGCGACCGGUGCCAUCUGAUCAAGCCUGAUCGCUGCCACCACUGCUCUGUCUGUUCCAUGUGUGUCUUGAAAAUGGACCAUCACUGCCCUUGGGUGAACAACUGCAUCGGAUUCUCCAACUACAAAUUCUUCCUUCAGUUCUUGGCCUACUCUGUCCUGUAUUGCCUCUACAUCGCCACGACUGUUUUCCAGUAUUUCAUCAAAUAUUGGGUGGGUGAUCUUCCGAAUACGCGCUCCAAGUUCCACGUCCUCUUCCUCCUUUUUGUGGCUUGCAUGUUUUUCGUCAGCCUGAUGAUUCUCUUUGGGUACCAUUGCUGGCUUCUGAGCAGAAACAAAACGACCUUGGAGGCCUUCUCCGCUCCGGUGUUUCUCAGUGGCCCGGACAAAAAUGGGUUCAACCUUGGAUUCAUCAGAAACUUCCAGCAAGUGUUUGGUGAGAACAAGAAGCUGUGGUUACUCCCCAUCGGGUCCAGCCCAGGUGACGGACAUUCCUUCCCAAUGAGGUCCAUGAAUGAAUCCCAGAAUCCACUGCUGGCCAACGAAGAGCACUGGGAGGAUAACGAAGAGGAUGGUCGAGAUUUUCCGGAAAGCUCAUCAUCGCUUACCAUUGAAAUGGAGACAUAGCACUUUCCCCAUCUCCUGCUUCUGUCCACUAGGCCCCCAUCACCUCUCCUUUCUCUGAGGCUGGCAGAGUUCGAGAUCUGGAGACGCCCAGUGUUCCAGAUGACACCACGGUGGAGUAUGAUUGGAUCAAAACCCUCACGUUCUGGAAACGUCCCUUCCCGUGCUUGAUGUACCAAUUUUUCAGGGCUUUCCAAGUCCUCUUUUCAUGUAGUGACUCCACUUGGCAGGUUGGUGGCCACAGAUCCAGGCCAAUCCUCCCUCGCCUCUCUAUCCCCUUUAUUCCCAAUUUCCCGCCCCCAGUCAGUGAGGGUCUUAAUGUAACACUGGGCUUCUUUCCAUUAGCUCUGGCAUGCCCACUGGGCUGCAGAUGCUUUCCUCCUCAGAGCCCCCCACCACCCUUGACCUGGGAAGCCCAGGAAGCCCCUGCAUUGUGGUGUGUGAGGGGCAUUUGAGUAUGUGUGCUGCAUGCGCCUCUGUGUGUGUGUGUAUGUGCAUUUAUACAUAUGCAAAAGUACAUGUGUGGGUGCAGGCUGUGUACAUAAACUGGCAUUAGGGUGAAUGGCUGAUCACUGGGAGAACCAAGAUUAAAAACCAAGGCUGGAGCUUUCCCUGGAGCUUCUGUGGAGACACAGGCUUCCCCGUGCCCCCAUCCCCAUCCCAAAAUGGCGGAGCUCUUGAGUGCAAUCCUUAGACCGGGCAGGACCUUCCAAUUUCCGAGAGUUCUCCACAUGCUGAGGAUACCUAGGGAAGUGAAGCACUAUGGGAAGCCCUUGCCAUAUUUUCCCUCCUCAGCCCAGGUUCUCGUCUGAAUCAGGCCCACAAGUCUAGCCCCAGCUCAGAUCCUCCCCCUCAAAGAUACAGCACUUUCACCAUAUCCCACCACAGGCCCAAGAGAUAGAAUAACAUCAUAUCCCACCUACAAAGGGCCAUCAGCAUCAUCUAGUCCACACACACUUAGCCCCACUUUCCAUCAAAACAAAGGAAACUGAGGCCUUGAAAAGAGAACUAAUUGGCCAUCCCAAGUUACACAGCAGAUGAAGGAUUUGAACCCAGGGUCCUGGACUCCCAGUCUAGUAUACUUUCCUCUCCACCUUGUUGGUACAGGAGUGAAUAGAUAAAUGCAUUUCAGAUUCAGGGCAAGUGUCAGAUGCUCAACACUCCCCUCAACAUGUUUCCACUCCCCAUGUUUCCUUUUCUCUACCACAUUUCCAUCCCCCAACAUCUUUCCCUGUGUGCAUAUGCACAUACACACACAUGCACCCCAUUUCUUAGACUUCACAAACAGGCUUAAUGAGAAUUGAGAAACAAUUGGUUUGAACCGGGGGCCAUGGGCUUUUGAGGACCAUUUUUUCCAUCUUAACCCUGUCCUUUUCCUAAGAAACAAGUUUCAGAGUAACCAUUAACCCUAAAGCUCCCACCACACAACAAAGAUUUGUGUUUACUCGCCAGGGGUUAGCAUGUAAACAUUGAUAAAACUGAGCAGUAUCAUGCCAGGCCUUCGGCCUUCUCAAAGCUUCAUUGGGAGCUCGGCCAUUAGGUUGGCUCCCGAAGUUUCCAUUUGUCACCCUUUUUCCUUAUAAUCACCGUCUCCCCAGUCCUCGAUUCAGUAUAUGGACGCUGAAGUCAUUUAGCCUAUCCUAAUACCUUGGAGUACUGAUUCAUUCAGCUUCCCUGGCAAGCCUCUUGUCCCCAGCUGCUGAGAAGAGAAGGGAAAAGGCCAAGGUCUUUCAGCCCAGCCUUUGAGGCCCCUGUGCUUAUGGGAUGGAGCUCCUGGAUCUAGGCUUUCAGCAAAGCUUGCAGCUGCUGAGCCAAGUCCAGGGAAGCCGAAGCCCCACGUAAGAGAUGGGCGGUUUUCAGCACAGCCAGAACCCUGUGGGCCAAGGCAGCUUCGGGAGCAAAGCUGGACUGUUCUGGCCCUACUGUCACAAGUUCAAUCCUUGAGCCUUCUGAAAUCCUGAAGCCAAAUGAUAGUUGCUAUGUCACCCUCCAGGAAGAGAGAGAAAACCCUAUUCUCUUACCUGAGUCAAUUCCCCCACACACACUCCCUUUCCUAGACUGGGAGAGGAUGAAGCUCUCCUCAUCCAGCCUCCCUUACCUUAAAGGCAUGGAAACCAAGAGACCCCAAGUGUGAGGUCAUACAGGGAGACAGCUGAGCUGGGAAUUAAACCUGGCUAUCCCUUUCUACCCUGCCAUGCUGCCUUUUCUGCCAGUAGUUCUGAUAAAACAAUUCCAGGCUAGUCAACAUCUCCCACGCCUGGCAUCCAUUAGUAUUCCCCUCCCAGAAGUCAAGGAUCCUAAGAGAACAACAGUAUCGCCAGGCCCUCCCAAGUCGAGACCGGAGGGCUCUGGGAAGCCAAAUAAGGAACGUCUCCCCAGUCUUGGCUCCACAGGCAUCCGACAGUCAUACCUUGGCUUUCUAGAGGUUACCUCAGAGUUGACUGCCACACCAAACCAGAAGCCCUGCUGAAAAAGAGAUUGGUACAUUUGCUUAGAAUCCUCAAUUGUACAGACAAGUUUAGAACUGGAAGGCAGCUUAGCGAUCAUUUGAUCUAGCAGUUCUUGACCUGGGGUCCACAAACUUGUUUUUUGACUAUGUUGAUGAUCGCAUUUCCGUACGAUCGGUUUCCUUUGUAAUCCUACAUGUUUGUUUGUUUUUUAACUCGUCUAAGACUAUGGUUUUGAGAAGGGCUCCAUGGGCUUCACCAGAUUGUCAGAGAGGCCUGCCACGUGCCCAAGGUAAAGAACACCAAGCCUGGUCCAAGCCCACUGGAACAGGCCUGUCUUUCUUAUGGACUCCGUGUCACUCGGUGCUCCGGCCAUUUGCUCUCCCCUUUCCCAUCUAUGAAACCUAGCCUAAAGCUGAAAGGUGCUAGUCCUUACUUCUGUCCUCACCUCAGUCAGUCCAAUACAGGACUAGAAUGAGAAGGCGGACACCCCCCGCCCAGUAUUCCUAAAUAUCCUGUGAUCGCAUGAGCCCUGAAUGCCUUUCUCCUUCAUGAGGCAACAAGAUGGAGAUGACUUUCUCGGGUUUUUUAGCUAGAGAAAUGAAGGCUCAGAGAAAUUAGGUGUUGUCCACUUAAGUGAGGCUGGCUCAUUUGGAAAUGCUGUGGGAUCAGAUGCAUUGAGGGCCCCCAACAUUCUCUACUGGUGACUAUCAGCCUUUCUGUGCAUUCCUGAACCUCGACUUCUGAGGGUGGCCCAAAGUAGAAAGUGCCAGAGGCUUGGGAAUCAAAGGCCUGAGGUCCAUGGCUCAGCUCUACCAUUUCCUGGCUCUGUGACCGGACCCUGAGUCACACUUCCCUCGUUUGUAAAAAUGAGGUUGGGCUAGAUGAGCUCAGAGGGCAUUCUCAACACUAGCUCCUAGGACCCAGGAUCUCACGUGGUAUCACAUUGGUAUCACUGGGCCAGGAAUCCUCCACCAGACAGAAAGCGUCCUAAACAAAAUGAUUGGAAUCUUCUGGGAGAUGGCUUGCUUUGGCAAUUCACAAGCUCCAUAUAACCGGUGGGAAAGAGAAAAGAACAUUUUAAAUGUGAAGGGACGUUAGAGAUCACCUGGCCCAAUCGUGUCAGUUAACAAACGAGGAAACAGGCCCAGAGUACAAGGAAGUGUCAGAGCUGGGACUUGAACCCAGGUCUUCUGCCCCCAAAGCCAGGGCUCUUACCACUACGCCUCACUUGACUUUGGAGGUGCGGUCCACAGCCAAAACAUAUGGCAUCAAAUAGUAGCCUUUUACAUGCGAACGAAGCAUAACGUACCAAGGAA